GGCAGAGGGAGAGAGAGAGAGAAGGAGAAACAUUCCGACACAGUGGUGUACACUUUGCACACUUUCUCCCAGCUCCAGUAAGGAAGCGAGCGGCAAUCUACAGCACACCCGAAUCGAGGCGGAAAGGCGAGGCCAGCUGAUAAUGAGAUGGAGGUUAUUGGAAGUUACCACAAACUGACCCACGGUGACCACUUAGACUCUGGAAUCUUUGAAAGCGAGCACACCAGGAGCAGGAAGGCAGAUCGAGGGGGCUUCUUGGACAAUGUUAUUACUGAGCAGGUGACCACUAAAGUGACUUCUCUACCUCCAAGAGCCACGUACAGCUCCAGUUCCUUGUCCCGGAGAACGGGCGCAGAUGUCAUCGGAUCGUCCAAUAGCUUCCUCAUAGGAACCGGACGAAGCUCCUCCGGGGGAUAUUCCCGCACACGGUUCCCCAGCUCCUCCUACUCAGUCUCACCAGACACCACACUGGAGCGUAAAACUGCCUUCUCCCGGAAUGCAGGAUAUGAUGGAAGUUCCAGUGGGAAUUCAUCCCCUGAACUCACCAGGAAAGACUUCAGUACCAGGGGCAGGAGUCAGAGUCGAGAGAGCGCGAUCCGAGCCCGGCUGCAGAGCGCAUCACCCAACGGACGCUGGACGGAGCUGGAAGACGUGAAGAGGUUGCUGAAGGGGAGUCGAUCAGCCAGCACCAGCCCUCCGCGGUCAGCCCCCAACACCCUGCCCUAUCCCAAAAAGGCGGUGGUAGAGACGAAGAUAGUGAGCGCCGGCUCCCAGUCAGUGUCUGGACGAUACGAUACCGCACUCCUGGACACGGUUCUGCCCAACUUCACCUGGACAUCGACGGUGCCUCCGCUGGGUUCCAAAGUUGGGCUGACAGAGUACCGAAACAAUCUAUCCACCACUGGCACGCAGGUGUUAACCACAUCAGGAUCCUCCUCUGUCUUAGCUCACGGACUUCAGAACAACAAAGCGACCGGCUUGGCGACAUCGAGUGUGGGGCUGACGACCUCAGCUGUCCAGGGAGUUCAGAACAAUUUGGUAUCCAACACCAGUACAGUCAGUGAUUCUGCACAGACCCUCGGCACUCAACCCCAAGUUCUCGGGGUGCUGAAGAACCAGGUGUCCAAUUCGAGUGCCGUCUCCACCAGCCACAACAUCUCAACAGUGAGUCCACUGAGCUCAGAUAACCUGCUGCAGAAGGACUACAAGUUUGUGCUGUUGGAGAAGGAGAACGCGCAGCCACUGAAGGAGAAGGAGCUUCUCAUCAUGACCAAGGACAGCGGCAAACUCUUCACCGCCUCGCAGAGUGCUCUCACCGCCUCCUCCGUAGAAGAAGCCUUGAAGAAGGAGCCAGUGGUGUUGACCGGCAUAUCAACCAACAAAGCCCAGUCACAUGGAGGUUUGGAGACGAAGGACAAAGCAACGUAUGCGGAGAUCCGCUCGGACGAGGAGAUGGACGCUCUCCCCGCCUGGUGUUCCUGCUGUCGCUGCUGUUCGUGGUGGAAGUGGCUGCUGGGACUCCUGCUGGCCUGGUUGUUCCUGCUGGGGCUGCUCUUUGGCCUCAUCGCUCUGGCGGAGGAGAUGAGGAAGCUGAAGGAACGGGUCAGUCACCUGGAAUCGCCGACCACCCUGAAACUGUCCAGUGAGCUCCGGCCCGAGGACAUCCAGACACUAAUCUGGGAGAGGGUCUCGGCCAAGCUACAGUCGCCGGAAUAUCAAGAUUCGAUACGAGGCCACCGAGGGGAACCAGGGCUUAAAGGUGAUGCCGGAAUCCCCGGAACACAAGGUCUGCGUGGGAUUUCUGGACAGGAUGGGCAGAAAGGACAAAAAGGAAGUGCAGGAGAGCAUGGAGAGAAGGGAGCGAGAGGUCCUCCGGGUGAUUCUGGGAUCACUAUGAAGGGCGAGAAGGGAGAGAGAGGGGACGUAGGUCCAACAGGAUACCCAGGAAUGAAAGGUGCAAUGGGACAACAUGGAGCUCCUGGCCAUCAAGGUCCUCCCGGAUCAUCCGGCUUCAAGGGUGAUUCUGGAGCUCCAGGUCCUAAAGGUGACAGAGGACCAAGUGGCUCUCCUGGAUCCAAAGGUGACACAGGAGAACGAGGACCUCGCGGGGCACAGGGUGAAAGUGGUCCUCGGGGACCGCCUGGGGCCACAGGAGAGCCUGGCCAGAAGGGUACAACUGGUGCAGAUGGAAUCCGUGGUCCCCGAGGUGAACAAGGACCUCGAGGGUUACCGGGAAUGCCAGGAGACCCCGGAGCCCCUGGUGAGCCCGGAACUCCAGGAAAGAUCAUCACUUCUGGAGAGAAGACACUUGCCAUAUCAGGACCUCCCGGACCCCCAGGACCUCCCGGACCCCCAGGACGAGCAGGUGAGAGUAUCAUUGGACCCCCGGGUGCUGAGGGACCUGCAGGCCCGAAAGGAACCUCAGUGGCCGGCCCUCCAGGACGCCCCGGACCCGCUGGACCCCCUGGGCCCCCUGGACCACAAGGACACCAAGGACUCCAGGGAUAUAAAGGUGAGCGGGGUCAUCCAGGGCAGCCAGGCAUUCCUGCACCGGAUGGAGAGAGGCUCACCCAAGGGCCUCCAGGGCCCCCAGGACCACCUGGACCACGAGGAUACAAGGGAGACAAAGGAGAACGAGGGGACAUUGGAAUCCCAGGUGCUCCCGGAAUUCCCGGGCGAUCUCCAGUCGUUACUGGCAACGGAGGUAUCCAGGGACCCCCAGGACCUCCAGGUCCCCCAGGUCCACCGGGAGUCUCCGGCUCUGUUGGCCAAGUCAGGCAGCUGGUGAUGGAGACACUCCAAUCUGACGGUGUCUGGAAUUCCUUGUCUGGCCCACCUGGACCACCAGGGCCACAGGGGCCAAAGGGUGAGCAGGGUACAGUGGGGCAACACCAGUACUCGGAGAUUGCCAGCCACCUCAUCGGCUACAUUCGGGAUUCGGGUCUCGGUGUGGGACAUCGAGGGCCUCCAGGACCCCCUGGACCCCCAGGGAGACUCUCCAGCGCUGACCUGAUCACCUACCUGCAAAGGACGGAAGUUCAGCAAUACCUGCGAGGACUCCUGGGUCCUUCUGGCCCACAAGGAGACUGGGUCAGUCAUGUCGAGCUGGAGGCUUACGUCACGGAUUUCAGCAGAAGUUGGUCGGCCGGAUCAGGACGCCCAGGACCUCCAGGACCUCCUGGACCUCAAGGACCACCAGGGUCUCUGUCCUCAACCAGGGAUCUCGCAGUCUUGCUGCAGGAUGAAAGCGUUCGGAGAUAUUUGGUGGGACCUCCUGGGCCACCAGGUCCACAGGGUCCGCCCGGGAGCCCAGGUUACACAGGGCGGGAGAGAGUCAGAGACACACGGCUGGAUUACAGAGACAUUGCCCACCGGCUGCAGGACUACCUGAGGAGUUCUGGUACAGUCCUCCAGGUACAGGGACCCCCAGGACCUCCAGGAGCCCCAGGAACACCAGGUUCCAUGUCCAGCGCUGAGCUGUUGGCUCUGCUACAGAGUCCUCAAAUCCGUGGGAUCACUGGUCAACCAGGACCACCUGGACCGCGAGGUUUACCAGGCCCUGCCGGACCGCCCGGACUUGGUGGAGGGAACCUCCGUGUUGAAGAUGUUGUCACCUACAUUCAGAAUUCAGGUUACAGUGUCAGAGGCCCCCAGGGACCUCCCGGGCCUCCUGGACCCCCAGGGGGUGGUUUCAAUUCCCAGGACCGGCAGCAACUCAAGAAUGAGAUUAUUAAUUAUUUCACAAGUGACCGGAUGAGGCCGUACAUCAUGGGCCCCCCAGGACCCCCAGGUCGUGUUGUAUACUCUGAACUGGCCCCACGACUUAUCCAGUACAUGCGAGACAAUGGGCUGAUUGAUUCCCGUGUCAUCGCUGGUGGGGGUUCAGGGCGUAAUGGAUACCUGUGGCGAGAGCGAACUUAUGGAAAUGGCACAGACUUCGAGAACUACUUGAGAGAUAAUAGUUGGACUAGUCACGCAUCCCACACUUCGUCCCGAAGCUCGGGUGCACCUGGGGUAGCCAACUGGCUUCAGUUCGAUUGGGAGAAAGUGUUCAACGGGAACAAGACAGCGUAUGAGGAAUUCCUGAGAGACUACGGCUGGAUAGUGCAGGCAUCCCACGGCUCAGGGGCAUCCGAUCGCAGACAGUUCGAUUGGGAGAAACUGUUCAACGGGAACAGGACAGCGUAUGAGGAAUUCCUGAGAGGUGAGAGCUGUUGUGUAAAAUUCUCGGUCACUGCAGGGGAUUUAUAGGCGUGGUACAGGGUCUCAGACAGAACCUC